AUGGAUGAUCAUGUUGACCUCGCGAACACUUCUUUAGAGAAAGUAUCCUUCACGAGCUUAACCGAUUGCUUAGAAAGCUCUUUAGUAAUGGAUUAUAGCUCACUCGAGAAUGCCUUCAAAUUCUCACCUUAUAGCUCCCCUUUCCAACCGACUUCACCAUCCAAUAUGGGCCAAAUAGUGAAUUACCCUUACUUAAAUAUCAAUCCGAAUUCUCCACUAGUCUCUUCUUCCUCCAAUGAAGCCGACCCUAAAGAGAAACUCGACGAUAAGAGUGGCCAAAUGGAGAAUAACGAAGGUGACCAACAUGGUGUUGGUGAAUGCUCCAAGCAAUUGACAAAAAAAGGUAAAAGUAAAGGAGAGAAGAAAGAAAGAGAAGCUAAGGUUGCAUUUAUGACCAAAAGCGAGGUUGAUCAUCUUGAAGAUGGUUAUAGAUGGAGAAAAUAUGGACAAAAAGCCGUCAAGAACAGCCCUUAUCCAAGGGGCUACUAUAAGUGCACAACGCAGAAAUGUAACGUAAAGAAACGUGUAGAGAGAUCGUUUCAAGAUCCGUCGUUUGUAAUUACAACUUACGAAGGAAAACACAACCAUCCGAUCCCAUCGACGUUGAGAGGUCAUGUCGCGGCCGAACACCUAUUAGGUCACGGUGGAAGCGGUCUCCUCCAUAGCUUCCCAAGUCACCAUCAAGAGUUUCUCAUGAUGAAUCAUCAUCCUCCGGUCAAUUAUCAGUCGUCGGUGGGAUCUAUAUCGUACGAACAGUACAGUCAUUGUAACUCUAGUUAUAAUAGUAGUACUCAUGAUCAACAAGUUGUUGACUAUGGUCUUCUUCAGGACAUUGUUCCUUCAAUGUUCUUGAAGCACGAACCUUGA